GGUCGUCUUAGUCGGCAGUCGGUCUCUGGUCGGCCCCAAGAAUAGUCGUAUCGAGGCGGUAGUCGAGUAUCACCUCUCUUCUCCUCCUCCUGCUUGUGCCGGCACGAGCGCACUCGUCGACCUACAGGCACACGCGCAGCUUAUCGACUGGGUUGCGCGCGCGCGAGCGCGUUCCUUCUCCUCUUUCUCUCUUUAACUCCUUCUCGUUCUAUCCUCUUCUUCUCUCUCUCUCUCCAUCGUACGCCUUUACGCGCUAGCACGCUCGUUCUCCGUUCCUCUCUACCGCGGUGGUUCUCUCGCGGUUCCGCGUUACCUCGUGGCUGCCCUCCGUCGCAACCGCCACCGCCACCGCCACCUCCACCUUAGCCUCCUCCUUUUUCGCCUCAUCCUCCCACCCUGGUUCGCGCGGUUCGCGAUCUUCGUCCUACCGCGGUGCUCGAUACCGCGAUCCUUUGGCCUCUCUGCCUCCGUUCUCUCCGCGUGUUUCCUCCACCUCUCCGGGCAUCCAGCACCCACCCUGUGGCGUGCGUGGAGCACACACCCUCUCCGCCCUGUGACUCGGUGACUCGUGCCACCGCGCAUCCACCCAGCGUCGAUAUACCACGAUACCGCGGAUACAACGACGCGAGGAUACGCGGCUGAUCUACCGCGUGCGCGCGAUCGCGAUCUCGAUCUCGAUCCCGAUCCCCGAUCCUCGUCUCCACGACUCGACCCUGCGCCGUCGAGAAGCUCGACCCGCUCACCCGGAACGAGUCGGUGCUCGGUGGUGUCCAAGUUGCGUGUUUUUCUCUCUUCUUCCGGAAUACCGUUCUUCUGCCGCGAACGUCGCCAGAAACAGUGACAAGUGCCAGCGUCCGCAGGAUCGCCACGAGAUUUCGCUGAUCGCCGGGCUGUGGAUCGCGACCUGGUGACGCGAGAUCCUGCGAAAUCGAAUCGCGCUCGAUCGGACCAACGCGACGGUAGUGAUCGUUCGAUCGACGCGCAUCGCACGGUUCGUCGCCGUGCCGUUCCGUCGCCGCGUCGGAAUCAACGACGAUCGCGCCGCAGUCGCGACGGUGAACCAGCGAGGAUGUCACGCUCGGGAUUCACAUUCCCGACUUUCUCGAGCAAACUUUGACCAGUGCGCGUGUGUGAGUGAGCAAAAGUGCGUUGUCGUGAGUUGUUUGUUGGACCGUGAUACGUGGUCGAGGUGGUGCCCGCGCAUUCGGCAAACUCUCGUUCGAGGAAAAUCGGUGGAGGAAAGCAGAGCGGAAGAAGGGACGUAACGAGAAGGGAGCGAAGGCGGAGAAUAAGAAGAAGAGGAAGAAGAGGAAGAAGAAGAAGAAGAAGAGGAGGAGGAAGAUACAGCAGCAGCAGCAGCAGCAGCAACAGCAGCAACAGCAACAGCGACAGCAACAGCAACAGCAGCAGCGAGGAGAGCGAGUAGAAAACGGCGGCGACGAGGGGUGGUCGGCGGUGGUCGCGGCCAAGAAGAGGAAACCGGCAGGGUGGUUCGAGGCGGGACAGGAGGCGCUGACGCCCUGGCGACUGCCGGGGUGGUUUACCCGGCCGCGACAGCGACGUUGUUCCCUGGCCGGGUGUCAGCUGGACACCACCACCCCGAGUUCACCACCACGUUGGAGGUGGGGUUCCCGGCGCGCGGCACCACCGCCUCUAUGGCGUUGGUAGCCGCGCCGCCCUCGUGGCCCUCGCGGGACCCCGGGGCCAGCUUGGCCGCGACCGGUGCAGCCGCCGCCGCUGCCGCUGCCGCGGCCGGUGCCGCAGCCGCGGCCGCGUCCGCCGCGGGUCCAGGCCCCAUACAAAUCGCUCCACCGCCCCCGAUGCCCCCGACUCACCUGACGCCCUCCGCCACGCCGGAGGAUAUUACCUGUCUCGUGCCCACCGGAGCGGUUCUCACGCCCAGGGACCCCCUGCCGCCCAGCACCACCCCCGGAAGCCAAGCCAACAGCUCGCAAUCCGGCAGCUCGCAAACCGACAAGUCGCCCAACAUCGAGUGCGUCGUCUGCGGGGACAAGAGCAGCGGCAAACACUACGGCCAGUUCACCUGCGAAGGAUGCAAAAGCUUCUUCAAGAGAAGCGUCAGGAGAAACCUAACUUACUCGUGUCGAGGAAAUAGGAACUGUCCCAUCGACCAACACCAUAGGAAUCAGUGCCAGUUUUGUCGAUUGAAAAAGUGCCUGAAGAUGGGCAUGCGCCGGGAAGCCGUACAAAGGGGUCGAGUGCCACCGUCGCAGCCAUCGCUACCAGGUUUGCCGGGACAGUUCGCCCUGACGAACGGUGACGCGGUCGCGUGUGCCAACUUGAACGGUCAUACUUACCUCUCCUCGUACAUAAGUUUGCUGCUGAGGGCGGAACCGUAUCCGACCUCGCGAUACGGCCAGUGCAUGCAACCGAACAACAUCAUGGGAAUCGACAACAUCUGCGAGCUCGCGGCGAGAUUGCUGUUCUCGGCGGUCGAGUGGGCCAGAAACAUCCCGUUCUUCCCGGACCUACAAGUCACCGACCAGGUUGCCCUGCUCAGGCUAGUUUGGAGCGAGUUGUUCGUGCUAAACGCGAGUCAGUGCUCGAUGCCACUGCACGUGGCGCCGCUGCUCGCCGCGGCCGGUCUUCACGCUUCCCCCAUGGCGGCGGAUCGCGUCGUCGCCUUCAUGGACCACAUCAGGAUCUUUCAGGAACAAGUGGAAAAGUUGAAGGCGCUUCACGUCGACUCCGCGGAGUACAGUUGCCUCAAGGCCAUCGUCCUCUUCACCACAGAUGCUUGUGGAUUGUCGGACGUGACGCAUAUCGAGUCCCUUCAGGAGAAGUCGCAGUGCGCCUUGGAGGAAUACUGCAGGACUCAAUACCCGAAUCAACCGACGAGAUUCGGCAAGCUGCUUCUUCGAUUACCCUCGCUGAGGACGGUGUCGUCGCAGGUGAUCGAGCAGCUGUUCUUCGUUCGGCUGGUCGGGAAAACGCCGAUCGAGACGCUGAUCAGGGAUAUGCUACUCAGCGGUAGCAGCUUCAACUGGCCGUACAUGUCCACGAUGUGACAUUCUGUCUGGCGACAGCUAGCUUCCGCGUAAUACCCUCGCGCCAUUUCCCAUCGCCUCGUCCCUUUUCGUCGUCGUCGUCGUCGUCUCUUCGCCUCUCCGUCGUACGAGCAUCGUCGCACGCUUCGCGCGACCUUCCAACGAUUCGCCGAGCAUUCGCGGCUCCUCUGGUCUUCGAAACGGUGUCGAGGUAACGAACCGCGCGCGACGAUCGGACCAGUCGGCGAAUCUGGACGAGGACGAGCGAACGAACAGGCCGAAGAGAACAACACGAGGCAGCGAUAAAGACGCUCGGAGGUCGCGGUUCCAGCUUUUUCGAAGCACGCGAUCGAUCGCGCUACGGAUGAAAGGAAAGGCGCGAGCUCGCGUGUUUCGCCAGACCUUUUUCUCUGGAAUUGCAUCGCGUCCCGGCGCUCGAAGAGCCGGGAAAGCGUUCGGGCUCGAACGCAGGAAAGAGAAGAAACGGGGGAAAAGACGAAAGGCAAAGCGGAAUUGAGACGAACAGCGGUAUGGAAGGGGGAAAUGCGGCGCGAAGAAAUCAUAAAUUAGCAUUUGUAAUCGACGGCAGGGGAUCUGGUAGAUCCUUCGCUGGCCGCUAUCUUGCAUCGAUCUCGCGUCGAGUAAUUGCCGUUAGUCGAGUCACGCCGAAACCCUUAGUCACUCGUUUCGACGUUUCGUCGUCCGCGUUCGUUCCACCUUUCUUUCACCGUCUUUCGUAUCUCUUCUUUCUUAAUCCGUUCUCGCGAACCACGCUUCCCGACCACGUUCCGCGUUACUCUAUCGAAAUUCACCGAAGCGACCCAAUUACACGGACCACUCUCCGCGUCUUUCCCUCGGAACGUCUCGAUUCCGUACCACGAGUUUUCGAACGCGUGAUUUCUUCUCUUUCUUAAAUACCGUCUACGACGUCGCGGACUGUCUUACCGAUUCGCCGGUAACGAGUAACGCGGUGCACGGAUCGAGCAAUCGUUUUUCUCCAAGCGAGAGAAACUCGUUUUCCACAAACAUCGAAAACAAUUUGCGAAUUAUCGUCCGAUCGGUCGUCGUUUUACCUCGUCGAGAUACUCUUCCGCGCAAAAGAUUUUCACUCCUCCGCGUCGCGUCUCGCGACUCUGAAAAGUUCAUACGGCGAAACGCGCGUUCGAACGAAUAAGAUUCGCGAGAUCGAGCCGAAUCCACGGCGAUCCGUUUGCAGGCUGUUUCUUCCUUCCACAUUACGAGACGACGAGGCGAGUGAUCGCGUCGCGUACCUAUCUUCCGGUCGACAUCUACCUCUCGAUCGACCACUCUCGCUCGUAUUCGUUUCCGCGGAUUCCCUAUCGCGUGCUUUUUCGCUGGCCGAACAACCGUCUCGUUCGGCGAGGAAUCAGCGCAGUUUGCGGGAUUCGCGAUUCGCUCGAAGAACGCGUUCGGAAACGACGCGACCAGCCGAGAACGAACAAAUAUAUUUUUCUUCCGCGAAUAUGUUCGACCGAUCGCUGGUCGCCCGUCGUUUGAUAAAUUCGCGAUAGCGCCGACAGCGACAGCGUCAACGACGAACACGGUAAGAAACGAUUGCGGGGAAACUCGGCGAACGCAAUGUGAUAUACGCGUACGUCGAAAUUGAAAUCCGAUUUCUCGACACACGGUGCUUUUUUACGUUACGAAUACUGUACGCUAGCCAGGCUCGAUGCGCUGUACAGAGUUUGCCGAGACGUCGAACGACAAAUCGUUCGAAACCAGCGAAAUUAUCGAAUAGCGCGCUACGAUAAGUAUGCGGCGAUGUCGAACUCUAGUUACUUAGACAACCAUUUAAGGGUAUAUGGGAUAUUUCUAAUAUUUUUAAGCAGCGAUCGUUUCUUAAAUGCGCACGCGCACACAUACAAACACAGACGUACACACACGCGCGCGCGCGCACACACGCAAACAAACAAACAAACAAACAAACAAACAAAGAGCGAAACAACAACGCGUUUCGAUAGAAAUCCACGAAGCGAACGCGGCCGAGGCGAGAACCGAAUCGACGAUGCGAACGGAGUUCGCUGUCCUCGAGACGCGUUCCCUUCGUCGAACGCAAUUUUUCGAGAAUGCUGAAGGAUGUAUUAUAUCGGAUACGAAUUACGUUGUGGUUGAGUGUACGUAGACCGAAAUGACAUUUAUGUAGCGUUAUGUAUAAAGGCGCGAGAAGAUUUUUGUAUAAAACGUGUACAUAAUUAAUAUAUAUGCAUAUAUAUAUAUUAUAUAUAUAUCAUAUACAUUAUACAUAUAUAUAAUAUAUAUAUAUAUAUAAAAUAUAUAAAAUACAGAUAUAAAUACGAUUAUAAAUACGAACGUAAGCGCGAAUAUAAACACGAAUAUACGUCUAAAUGUAAAGAAAUAUAUAUGUCAGAAUUACA